AUGGGUUCUCUCACUCCUUAUCAGCGCAAACACAAGGUGACCGUGGUGGGCUCCGGUAAUUGGGGUACCGCCAUCGCUAAGAUCGUCGCCGAAAAUGCCGCUGCCAAUCCCGAUACCUUCGAGGAGAAGGUUGAGAUGUGGGUGUUCGAGGAGAACGUUGAGAUCGCAAAGGACUCACCACACUACGAUGCUGCCAACCCCGGCCCUCAAAAACUCACCGAGGUGAUCAACCGCACCCAUGAGAACGUCAAGUACCUUGCAGGAAUCCAGUUGCCGGCCAACCUCCACGCAAACCCCUCCCUUGAGGAUGCCGUCAAGGACAGCACCCUCCUCGUCUUCAACCUCCCCCACCAGUUCAUCCACAAGAUCUGCGACUCAAUUAAGGGCAAAAUCCUUCCUUACGCUCGUGGUAUUUCAUGCAUUAAGGGCGUUGACGUUACAGAGGAUGGUGUCCACCUCUUCUCAGAGACCAUUGGCAAGGUUCUCGGCAUCUACUGUGGUGCCCUGUCUGGUGCCAAUAUCGCCAACGAGGUUGCUCAAGAGAAGUGGUCUGAGACUACUGUCGCCUAUGACCCCCCACACAUGGACUCCAAGGCUCCCACCCCACAGCUUUCACCCUCAGGCUCCCAAGUAAAUCUGGUCGAGUUUGAGCACAAGGAUGUCUCUGGCAAGAUGUCCAGCGUCAAGUUGCAGGCACUGCCCUCAGACUACCCUCCCAUCGAUCACGCUGUCCUCAAGUUCCUUUUCCACCGCCCUUACUUCCACGUUCGCGUCGUAAAUGACGUCGCUGGUGUGUCUGUCAGUGGCGCUUUGAAGAACAUUGUUGCCAUCGCUGCUGGUUGGGUUAUCGGUAUGGGCUGGGGUGACAACGCCAAGUCUGCUGUCAUGCGCGUUGGCUUGAAGGAGAUGGUUCGUUUCGGAGAUCUGUUCUUUGGUGCUACCAUUGAUCAGCGCACCUUCACAGAGGAAAGUGCCGGUGUCGCCGACUUGAUCACCAGUUCCAGCAGUGGUCGCAACUUCCGUUGUGCCAAGCUUAGCGUUGAGCGCAACCAGUCGAUCGAGGAAGUUGAGAAGACAGAGCUUAACGGCCAAAGUCUUCAAGGUACAUUGACCGCCAUCGAGGUCAACAAGUUCCUGAAGAAGCAAGGCAUGGAAGACGAGUUCCCUCUUUUCACUGCUGUCUUCCGAAUUUUGGAAGGUAGCAUGAAGGUCGCAGAUAUCCCUGCGUAUAUCGAGCGGUAA